AUGAGCAAAAUACCCGGUUGCAAUUGUACCACAAAUUGGAAUAAGGUCGAAUUUACGUACAAAGUUGUGCUGUCGUGUACGGGUGCUGUGGGCACAGCCACCGAGUUUGGUGACAAUCUGCGCAAACUUACCAAAGGCUAUCAAUUUGAUGAUUUUAUAAUAUCCGCUUAUCCUAACACUCGCCUCCCGGACGCCCCCUUCGACGCCUCCACUUCUAUCAAACGUAUAAUCAUUAAAGACUCGCCCAAAUUGGAGGGCUUCGGACCGAAGGGUAAGCCCGACACCGGACUCUUCAAGAAUCUGGGCCCAACACUCGUGCUGUCCAACAACCCGGCCAUCCGUAUGGAUGAGUGGGAGAAUAUUGCUAAACAGCUUAGUUCAGAUAAGCAAGGUGAUUUGGCCCUAAAAACCUUGAGCCCUGAGCUUGACGACCUUGACGUAAUAGAGAAUUUGGCCCCAACCUUGCAGACCCUGGUACUCCGAGCCAACGGCUUCUCUAAUUUUAAUUAUGAUCUAGCUGCAUACGCGCUACACUGCGAUUGCUAUAAUCGUCCACCAAGUUUUAAUAAUGAGGACAACGAAAAAAGGUUUAUGGGCUCGCGUUGCGCUACACCGGCUGCGGUCAAUGGUGUUCCUUAUACAGGCAUAAAUAUAAAUGAGAGAAAUGCCUUCGAAGAGGACUUAAGCAUUGAAACACCGAACACAAUGCACAUCUUAAGUAUUGUAAUUGGCAUUAUAAUAACCAUCUGUCCCUUUGGGACAAACGGUGGAUGUACAUGCACAUCAGUUUGGGUGGUCGCUGACUACAGAUACAAGACUACAAUGACUUGUAGUAAUGUCGGUACGGCAGCUAAUUUCGCGAAAAAUCUAAACAAAGCUCAGGGCUACGAAUUUGACGAUUUUAUACUUAGCGGUUACCCUAAUGUCCGGCUGCCUGACGCGCCUUUCAACAGCGAUACAGUUAUCAAACACCUGUCCGAAACUCCUGGGCUUACAAAAUUUGAACUUUCAGCUGAUCUACCGAAUAACUUAAAGAAUAUAUUUAUGAAUGGCUGUUCAUUGGAUACAUUUAGUAUAAAUACAAUGAACAAAUUAACCGCAUCUACCACUAAAUACGUGGGCUUAGCAAGGGAUCAUUUGAACUGCGAGUGCGCUAAUCUACCUCCACACUUUGUGAACGACGAUAAUAUAAAGAGAUUUCAAGGGGCAGUUUGCGAGACACCCGCUGCGGCCAGAGGCAAACCCUAUGCCAGUACUUGUAUUGAUAGUUAAUCGCAAAACCGUUCCUAAAAAUGUUUAAUAUUUUUCCAUUAAAUC